AGCCCGCGCACCUCCGUCGAGCCCCAGCGCGCGUCGACAUGGCGGCCCCGUCGUCGUCCACCUACUCGGCCCUCCUGCGGCGCAGCAAGCUCGCGUCCCUCACCCCGGGCGUCGAGCAGGUCUACACCACCUCGCCCGCCAACCUCGCCAGGGGCAACUGGGGCCUCAAGCGGCCCCUCCCGCAGGCCUCGACCACCACCUCGCCCUUCGUGCGCCUUUUCGACCUCGACUCGCCCGAGGGCCGCACCACCUUCCGCAAGGCCACCCGCGAGGCCCUGUACGUCAAGAAGUGGGCCGAGACGGGCGUCGGCCUCAACUCGGACGCCCACAACCAGCGCGGCUCGUCCAACGGCACCCCCUCGCGCGCCUGGGACCGCCUCCCCGUCCAGUCUCGGUUCGUCGAUGGCGACGCACCCGGCGCGAUCCGCCAGGUCCCGGCAACCGGUCACCGCCAGCACGCCGCCGCACCACCCCGCAUGCCCAACUUCUUCGCCAUGAGCGAGCGCGAGUUCGAGCGCUUCCUCGCCGACCUCGGCGAGCGCCGCGACGAGUUCCGCACGUUCGUCCUGCGCGAGGCGGCGAGCUCUGGGCAGCAGGCCGAGUCGGCCGACGACUUUGACCUGUACGCGCACGCCCAGCGCAACCCGCUCGAGCUCGUCCGCCUCGUCGAGCGCUUCCUCCGCCUUCCCUCGUCGACCUCCCCUUCCUCGCCCGCACCCGCACCCUCGUCGGCCACCACCCUCCCCCAGGUCCACCCUACCCUCGCCCUCCAGUACGCCUCGCCGACGCCCCUCGAGUCGGCGCUCGCGGCCCCGAUCCCGGGUCGCCUCCUCGGCCCGUCGCCCGACGCCUCGUCCUCUCGCGGCGGCGGGUUCGCGGCAAUGUACGGCCCGCGCAGCGAGGUCUACGCGUCGCUCCUGUCGCAGGUCGCGCCCGUCCCGUCGUCGGCCACGGCCGGCACCCCGUCGACGUCCUUCUUCCCCGACGCGACCGGCGCGCGGUCCAACCUCCCCGGCCGCGCCCACUUCCGCCUCCAAGCGCCGACGAUCAACCCGAUCCCGUACGCGUCGCGCACGGCCAUCACGCGCAGCGGCGUCCGGCACAGCACCGAGUUCCGCCCGCCGACGGCCGAGUACGAGCCGAGCGUGCUCGCGCUCCGCAGCGUCGACUUGCGCGCCCAGGUCGUCCCCUCGGCCCAGGUCGCCGUCCCCAAGCCGCUCCCGGGCACGCCGGCCUACAGCGGCGACCUGCCGCCCGAGGUGGCGCGGUACGGCGCCGGUCGCGGCGGCGCGCUGGGCGCCGGCGGCCGGCCGGCGUCGAGCCUGACGGACCUGUACGCGGCGACGGGCUCGCUGCGGAGCCUCGGCGUCAAGGGCAAGCCCAAGGACCUGCUCGCGUCGAGGAAGAACCGCCGGAGCAAGGAGGACCAGGACCGGUGGGUGCGGCAGCGCGAGGCGCUCCUCGAGCAGAGCGGGCAGGACGCGAGGGCGUACGCGGCCAAAGGCCGCAAGGACGGCGAGCGGCAGCAGGGCAAGGGCCACGGCAAGGGUGGCAGGAGGGAGCAGACGGGCAAGAAGCUCAUCUCGAGGCUUGAGGAGCUGCUCGACAGCGGCAACCAGUAGCGCUCGCGCCCCCGGAUCUGUCUAGAAGCCGCAAGCUCUCUCCUUUGCAGUUCUCCU